AUGAGCGCUCUCGUCGCCAACGCCGUCGGUCCGGUCGCCGUCGCGCGUCGUCCUCCGAGACGGAUGCGUCACGCGCCGCGUGAGCGCGUGAGCGCGCCGCGAGCGUCCCGCGCGGACGACCUGCCCGGGAUCCUCCUCGGCGCCGCGGCCAAGAAGCUCGAGGAGGACGUCAACUCGUUCAUCGGCCUCUUCGACGAGGAUGCGCCCACGCACGAGAGGCCUCCCACGCUUCCCGUCGCCGGCAACACUCUCGAUAUCGCCCAGGGAGGUCACCGACAGCUGCUCGAGUGGGCCGAGACCUACGGCGUCGCGGACGGGGUCCACGAGGUCAAGAUGCUGUCGCAGACCAUCCUCCACCUCACCGAUCCGAAGCUCGCGAGGGAACUCAUGUUCGAGCGCUCCGACUCGUUUCCGGACCGAGGCGUCAGCGCGAUGGCCAAGUUCUUCCGCGAGGACCAGGCCGCGUUCGUGAACACCUCCGGCGAGCAGUGGAUGGCGUACCGCAAGAUGGGCACCGCGACCGUCAACGGCGGCGCGCUCGACAGGCUGGCGGGUAAGGUUGCCGAGCGAUCCGAGGCGCUCGUCACGCGGUGGGUUCGCGACGCGAGCGCGAGCGGCGACGGACGGAACGCGACCGAGGUGGACAUCAGCGACGCGUCACAGGCGGUCACGCUCGAGGUCAUCCACGAGGCGCUCUUCUCCGAACAACUGGACGUCAUCGACGGCGAGAGGAACGCGGUGGCGCUGGCCCGAUCCUUUCGCGAGUUUAACGUCGCCAAUCAGGAUCUGCUCAACGACUUCCUCACCCUCUACCAGAGGUUCGAGACCCCCGAGAGGGCGAGGAGGGACACGCACAGGAGGCGUCUGCGCGCGCACUUCGACGAGCGCGCGGACGCGCGUCGGGCGGCCAUCGCCCGCGACGGCGCCGCCGCGGCGCCCAGGGACUUGCUCACCGCGCUGUUAACCGCGAGGGACCCAGCCACCGGCGCGGCGCUCACUCGUGACGACGUGAACCUCACCCUGACGGAGAUGAUGGUCGCGGGUCACGACACCACCGCCGCGACGGUGGCGUGCAUGAUGUGCCUGCUCGCGUCGCACCCCGAGGUGAGGGCCUCCGUCACCGGGGAGGUGGACGAGUUCAGGCGAAACAACGGGGGGCGGCUGCCGAGCUCGGUGGCGGACGCGAACGCGCUGGUGAAGCUGGACGACGCGAUGAAGGAGACGAUGCGACUGUACCCGGCGGUGCUCAUCGUCGUGCGCAAGGCGGAGGAGGGAACCGGCGGAGUGUUCACCAAGGGACCGGGGAGAGAGGUCCGGAUUCCCGAGGGCUCCGGGAUGUGGGUGUCCCCAUACGUCCUCGGUCGGCUGGCUCGACACUGGGGUGGGGACGAGGAGGACGUGAAGCGGUUCAGGCCGAGCCGUUUCGAGGAGGCUCGCGAGCGCGGCGAUUCUCUCGACGCGUACAUGCCGUUCGGAGGCGGACCGAGGGUGUGUCUGGGCUCGCGGUUUGCGAUGCUCGAGGGCAAGGUUUUGGCGGCUCACAUCCUGGCCGAUUGGGACGUAGAGCUGGCGGCGGAGACGAGGGACGCGAUCGCUCGGAACGACGGCGAGCUGCCCAUCGCAUAUGCGGCGGGUCUGAUGUCUUUCCCGGAGCCGCUCAGGCUGCGAGUCAGGCGACGAGGGGCGGCAUCCGGCCCUCGAUGA